AUGGCUGGCCCAUCCACAGCCGGCAAGCGCCCAGCAAAGGCAGCCCGCACAAGCCAGGCGCAGGACCAGCGCGGCAGCAAACAAUGGCGCCCUUCAGAAGCAGACUAUGCCUCAAAACUGCCAAAAAAAUUCAAGCCUAGGCCUGAAGAAACGCAACUUGGCGAUCCAAUUUAUCGUUCACCUCCAAAAGCGAAACGCCGGUAUAAGCCAGGGACAGUGGCUCUCCGCGAAAUCAGAAAAUAUCAGUCGAACACGAAACUUUUAGUGUCCAAAUUGCCAUUUGCUCGAGUGUGCCGAGAGAUAGGCCAGACUUGCAGACCACAGGGCGCUGAAUUCCGUUGGCAAAGCCAUGCACUGCAGGCGCUGCAGGAAGCCGCAGAAGCAUAUCUGGUGUAUCUAUUCGAAGAUGCAAACCUCUGUGCCAUCCAUGCGAAGCGCGUUACGCUGAUGAGGAAAGACAUCAUAUUGGCACGGAGGAUUCGGGGGAUACAAGGAGGUUUAGGCUGAAAUCUGAGCGGACGGGGAAGCCAGGGACCGACCAUGUCUCGGGGAAGAGAGUUCGCAUCGGGAAGCGAUGGUGCAUUUGGAAGUUUCGGCGUUAAGUGUGAUGAUACCAUUGUGGCUCACCUAUUCGCUUUGAAUAGCGGCUUGGCUGGCUAGUAGGUUGGCUCAGGCUUUUGUUAAGUGUCCUGGUUCGCCUGCUGCGCCGUUGCAAUUAAAAUCAAGUCGGAGCAUUUUUGCUUCUUAUUGCAAAAUUCCACGAUAAUUCGCUCGAGCUGGAUUGUUGAACGAUAUUCUAGCACUUGAUUACUCUGUACUGUGUUGCUCACUACUUAGUAGUAUGUAUGUAUGUAUGUGCCUAGUACUACGGAGCACCUGUUGUAG